ACUCUAUGGUUGUUCUGCAAGUUUAAAGCAAGGGUUUUCUCCUACAAACAAUUUUUUAACGCUGUUUCUUGUUAUAGAUUUGAUCGUAAUAGUGAUUGAUAUUACUAAAAAAAAUACAAUAGUAAUUUCUCGUAAAAAAAUAUAAUUUUCAUUGAUAGUUAAAUCGGAAUUUUGACAUUUUGUUGCUGUUCUAGUUACUCGUGCAAAUGGAUGAUUCUGUAACUUCACCAGGUCAUAAAAUGGCAGAUUCGGCGUCCGAAAGUGACUCCAGUUCACUUGACGGUGGCGCAAUGCUUCCUCCGAGUACUGUUUCUCGUGAUCAACUACAGAAAAGAAUUGAAUCUCUACAGCAACAAAAUAGAGUUUUGAAAGUGGAGUUAGAUACUUACAAACUUCGUGUGAAAGCUUUGCAAGAAGAAAACCGGUCUUUGAGACAAGCAUCAGUUUCAAUUCAAGCAAAAGCUGAACAAGAGGAAGAAUAUAUAUCUAAUACAUUGCUGAAAAAAAUACAGGCUUUAAAGAAAGAAAAAGAGACAUUAGCACAUCACUAUGAGCGUGAAGAGGAAUGCCUUACUAAUGAUUUAUCAAGAAAAUUAAAUCAGUUGAGACAAGAAAAAUGUCGUCUUGAACAAACAUUGGAACAAGAGCAGGAAUGUUUGGUAAAUAAAUUGAUGAGAAAAAUAGAAAAACUUGAGGCUGAGACUCUUGCAAAGCAAACGAAUUUGGAAAGACUGCGUAGAGAAAAGGUUGAAUUAGAGAAUACAUUAGAACAAGAGCAAGAAGCGCUUGUGAAUAGACUUUGGAAGCGAAUGGACAAGCUAGAGGCUGAAAAACGUUCGCUGCAGAUAAGAUUGGAUCAACCAGUUUCCGAUCCCGCAAGUCCUAGGGACAUUAGUAAUGGUGACACAGCAUCUAAUCUCAGCAAUCACAUCCAGACCCUUCGUUCUGAGGUCGUCAAAUUAAGAAAUCAGUUGGCGGUGUCACAGAAUGAAAAUAAAGAGAAGAUGCAUCGGUUUGCUUUAGAAGAAAAACACAUUAGGGAAGAAAAUAUGCGUUUGCAAAGGAAACUCCAGCAAGAGGUGGAACGCCGCGAGGCGCUAUGUCGCCAUCUGUCCGAGAGCGAGUCCUCGCUGGAGAUGGAAGAAGAAAGGCAAUUUAAUGAAACUUUCGGCGCGGUCACGCAGCGUGUCGUCGCCGGGCGGGUCGCGCCCGCUGUCGCCAUACGCCUCCCCCCUGCUACCCAGCGGGGCCGGUUUGCGCCCGGGACUACACCUCAAUGCACAGGGUCGUCGUCCGAGCGACAGGUUCGUGAAGCCAGCGGUGCCGGCGGGCGCGCCGCUGCCGGGGCGGGAAGUGGGGGGGCCGGCGCCGCCCUCGCUACUCCAGCCCGCCAGUCCCAUGGACACCUCCUCGAAAGACUAAACGCGCCGUAUGAUGCGGGACGUCACGCGUCUACAAACGCGAAGAAACCACAAUCCUCCUCGAGCCUGAUUCCUACCGCGUUGUCCCGCCUCGCUUCGACCUCGAUUGAUAUUGAUCGCGAUAAACGUAAACUCAUUUGCUGACUUGUGACGUUUCGAACAGCGCUGCCCGUUUGAAGGCGCGAAUUUAAAUUGCUCACUGCCCGCGUCGAUCGCGAAUCCGCUUUAUAUUUACAUAUUUCUUUGAAAGUACAUAUACGUUGUUCGUUUAAACUUCUUCUUCUUAGUCGCGUUUCGAAUUUAUAAAUUUGUAUUGAAAUAUAAAUCGAAUAAAAAUAUGAAACGUCAAUUUCCCAUUUAUUAAUUCGCUUGGAGCUUUAUUAUUAUACCCUAUGAAUGACAAAAUUCUGAUUUCAGAAUAUAUGUAUAAUCCAUUUUUGUGUAAAAUUUGUCAAUUUUUAUGCGUUGGCCACGAUUGGUGAAAUUAUUCAAAAACGAUAAUUUGUAAUAAAAAAUACACGUGAUGAAGACUCCAUGGUCGCCUUUUUUUCAAUGGAAAUGUUGAUAAAUUAUUAGAACUGUUCGUAAUUUAUGAAAUACACUUAAUAAAUAAAAAUAAAGAUAUUUUACGGUAUUGCUUUCUAAAACAUGAUUGCUUCUGAGACACGUAGCUUAAUUAAGGUUAUAAGGCAGCUUAGAGUAUUUUGGGCGGAAAAAAUAAAAAAUUACAUUAAAAUGUAAUUUAAUAUAUCAGUUUCUGUUUUAAAUUGUAAAUAAAAGACUAUCAUGUUAAUUAAAAUCCUCCACUGAAUACUGAGGUAUAGGAGUAAGUCUUCAUUAACUUUGACACAUUAUAACGGACAGUGUAGUAAAAAAAAUCGGUCAAAUAUAAAUUAAGUAGUGUUAAAUUGCAGACAAUGUAACAUACAACAUAAUAAAAAUGACCUGAAGCGCGAGAUCCAUGGUUCAGAUUCAGGACAUACUCCGACAUGUAUUGUAAAUAUCCAUACUAAUCAAUGUAUAUAACGCGAAAGUGAGUUGGUUUGUUUGUUACGCUUUCACCUCUUAAGUACGCAACCAAUUAUCAUUACAUUCGGCAUAUGUGUACGGUUACAGAAAAGGGCACAGUUAUCUAUCAUCUAGAAAAAAAAUUUAUGGAGACACGGGUAGUAGAAAAGCUAGUAAUUAAAUAUUCAUGAUCUAAUAAUGAUAAUUGGAAUGAAGUUUCUUAAUUCAGCUUGCUCUUGGAGUUGAUAAAAAUCGUUACGUAAGAGAAAAACGUUACGGCCCGCCGUGUGACUUUCUGUCCCCUUCUAUCUCUAUCUCUGUCCCUUUCUAUUUUGCGCUUGUUUGUGCGUGCUAGUAUCGAGGUCGGAGCAGACGAGCAUUAUGCACGGCCGAUUGUGUAUGUACCCUCAAUAUUAAAUUUGAUAUUUCGUUGUUGCAAAUUUAAAAUCUCUUAUGUGAAAUUUUGCGCCAAAAACUAUCAACGACUAUCAAAUAAAUUAUCAUAUAAUUAUUGUGAAAGCUAUUCUUUGCUGAGUAUAGGUAAUACUCAGCAAAAACUCCCAUGUGCAUAUCACAAUAUUUCACUUUAUUACGCGUCAAUCUUAAAAAAACCCUAAGUGUUAGUUUGCAUUUUAUUGUAGAUCAAAGUAUUCUGAUAUAUGUGCAAAAAUAUUGAAUUUUUUUUUCAGUAGGUAGUUUUAUUACAUUUUCUCGAAAACUACAUUUAUACACAUAAGAGAUUUCAAAUUUGCA